CUUCCGCUCCCUUCCAAGGUUCCUCUCGUCCUACAGGAGGGGGAAGCGCAGAAGCGUCCAGCGAUAACUACCUAGGAAGUAGAAGGGGCAGGGAAACGGCGGGCCGAUCGCAGGUGCCAAAGCCCUCCAGCUCGCCGCGGCUUGGCCGACCUCCUCGCCCCCAAUGGCUUCUCCCGCCAACGCUCUGCCCGAAGCAGAUCAAGCAACUAAAGAACCAGUAGAAGACACUGACCCUAGCACUUUAUCCUCAGAAAAUAUAGAAAAAUAUCCUGUUCAAGAUACAGCAUUACCCAAAGAUGAAGAAUACCAAACAGAAAAAGUUACUUUGGAAAUUUCAUCCAUUAACAUUACAAGCCUAACGUCAGAUUCUGGCCUGAUACACCAGCCAGAAGAAGACGAUGACACUCAAAGUAGUGCGGGUGAUUCACCUAGAGCUUUGAAGAAAUCAUGUACAGAAGAUUGCUCUUGCUCUUUGUGUACAUCUCACCAGCCAAUCAUCAGUGACCUACUAAAUGAUGAGGACUUGCUGUAUAUGAUGCGGAUCAAAUUGGAUCCAUCCCACCCAACAGUGAAAAACUGGAGAAACUUUGCAAGCAAAUGGGGAAUGACUUACGAUGAGUUGUGUUUCCUGGAACAGAAACAACAGAGUCCCACCUUGGAAUUUUUGUUACGGAACAGUGACAGAACUGUGGAGCAAUUGAUUGAUCUCUGUAAAUUAUAUCAAAGAGUUGAUAUUGAGAAAAUACUACAGAAGUGGGUAGAGAAGGAAUGGCCAAAAAGAGGCCAUGGGGCCUAUCAGAAAAACUUAUAAAGAAGAAAAAAUGACAAUGGUGGGAAACCAAGAAUAAUGGGGUUUGGUUGACUUUACUUCUGGUAUACACAUAUACAUAUAUAUAUAUAUAUAUAUAUA